ACAGUGUGUGAGUGUAGACAGAGGAGCACAUGCAGGCUUUUACUAUCAACACCUUUCAGCUCUGUUAGCACAUUUCUUUACCAGCAAGCAUCGACUGCAACAAAAAAGAAGACAUUUUAAUUUUUGCGAGGAAAAAAGAAAAACAUUGUCAUGUCUUUUGAUACAAAACACAAGACUGAAGUGCGCCUGGUGUUUCUAGGAGCAGGAGGAGUAGGGAAGACAGCCCUCAUCCAGCGGUUCCUCAAAGACACCUUUGAGCCGAAGCACCGGCGAACAGUAGAGGAGCUCUACAGGAAGGAGUAUGAAGUGGGGGGAAUCAAAGUCACUAUCAGCAUUAUGGACACCAGUGGGAGCUACUCCUUCCCUGCCAUGCGAAAACUCUCCAUCCAGAACAGCGAUGCCUUUGCCCUGGUUUAUGCGGUGGAUGAUCCAGAUUCCCUGGAGGCUAUUAAGAGGCUGCGAGAGGAGAUUCUGGAAGUCAAGGAGGACAAAUAUACACCCAUUGUGGUGAUCGGUAACAAGAUAGACCGACACAAAGAGCGACGGGUCUCCAGUGAUGAUGUACUGUCCACGGUGGAAGUGGACUGGAACCAAAUCUUCCUGGAGUCCUCAGCCAAGGACAACGUCAAUGUGAUGGAGGCCUUCAGGGAACUGCUGCAGCGGGCCAACCUGCCCACUCAACUUAGUCCAGUACUCUGCAGGAGACGUGAAACCUUUCCCAAGGAAAACAAAAAGCACCCCCCCAUGAACAAGAUCCGCAGCUGCCUCCUGUCAUAGAGAGAAAAACAUGCAAACCAGACCGGAACCGGAACAUUUAAACUGAUGAAAGAAAAACAAACCAAGAGACAAUGUUUGACAAGAUAAUCGAAUGUUCCCUUCUGCUCCAUGCUCCAAGAUACUUCUGCUAAGACAAACAUGAACAGAUGAAAACAAAGAUAAACUUAAAGACAGGAUUAAUGUGGUUGAACGUGACUGUACCUACUGUGAAUGUCAAAACAUACACAGAGCUCUGAGCAUGUCGUGUUUGGUUUGUGCUUACAACUAUUGAUGUUUUAGUAAUUAACUGUGAUCAUUUGGUGGGAAACAAAUCAGCUUCUGUGGAGCAAUCAGUCAAAAACAAUAGUGUUUUAUCUUUAAAUGUGAUUAUUUUGCAGUUGAAGUCAACAUAUGAAGAAGAUAAACUGUGCACUUUAUACUUUAGAGAAAUAUUAAUAUUGGUAAUCAAUGGAUUGUCUGUUUUACAGCACCUAUUUGUUUGUGUAUCCUCAUAAAGCUUAAGACAUCAACUAGAAUAAAGUUUUAUUUUGUCUGACAAGA